AUGGGUAUAGGGUUGUGGGUGUGGGGAAAGAGUUUGGGUAGUUUGGAUGGUUUGGGAGAUGAGGAGGUGAGGUGGGAGGAGAGGAGAGUGCGCUUGGAGGGUGAGAAAUUGACAAUGGCUGUGAUUUUGGGAGGUGGGGUUGGCAGGUGGAGGGUGGGGAGGAGCUGGGGUUCUGGGUUCAUAAGGCCUAGGGUGAAGGGUGGUUGUUGGAUGGGUUUGGGUGGAGAGUGGUUGUGGGAUGGGUUUGGGGGUUGGAGCUUGAGGUAUCGGGGUGGCUCCAAUAUUAGUGCACCAAUAUUUGCUUACCUGGGUGCAGAACAACCAUUAGGUGAUGAUUUAACUUGGCUUGGCUUUCUCACAGAUAAUGCCCUUCAGUUUAAAGCUCUCCUGGUAUAUAUAGAGCACCGAUACUAUGGGGAAUCAAUCCCGUUCGGAUCAAUGGAGGAAGCAUUUAAAAAUGCAAGCACUCUUGGAUACUUCAACUCAGCCCAAGCUAUAGCAGAUUAUGCAGAGAUCCUCAUACAUGUAAAGGAGGAACUACAUGCUCAACGUAGUCUGGUGAUUGUUAUUGGUGGAUCAUAUGAUGGAAGAGGAGAGAGAGAGACACGCUACCAAACCAUCAAAAAAUCUUGGUCUGAAAUUGAUAAAAUUGCUUCUAAGCCUGAAGGCCUCUCAAUUCUAAGAAACAAUAAGUUCCGUACUUGCAAGUGCAUACAUAUAGCUACCCUUGCCUUCUCCAAUGUUGUGAUUUACAAAAUGUUUAUUUACUUGGAAUUGGGGAAGUUGUGA